AUGGCUACCCCAGCCAAGCGAUCGGGCGGCGACGCCCCAACCGCAGCUCCAUUCUCAUACGCCCAGGCCGCGAAAGGUCUAAAAUCUUCAUCGACUUCUGCCGGAGCUCCAAGCAAGCCCACAUCGGGAGCCGUCACCCCUGCGAAGGACUCCGCUUCUGGUCCCGCCUCAAUUUCGACGGCGCCUUCAGGCAUGAGCUGGGCGGACGAUACCGAGGACGGAGUUCCUACCGAGAAAGAGUCGGAUACUGCAUCCACUGUCCGUGGACCUGAGACCAAUGCCAUGCCGCUUGCCUCGAAGCACAACCUCCCCACACAGGAAAAGCCUGCGUCCAGCGUCUCUUCUCCUGACUUUGGCGCGUCCUCUGCCUCGACCCUCCUCAAGGACGACGAUGUGUCAUCAUUGCCCAACGCCUCUUCAGAAUCCACUUGGGACAGCAAGUCGCAGACUUCGAAUACGGCCGACAAAGCGGCAGAAUCCAAGGAGAACACCAUGGAGAAACCAAAAAAGAGCAAGGACGUAGAGAAGGCACCGCCCAAGUCGCUUCAAGAGGCGCCCAUACCGAUGGUGAAUAUCUGGAAAAAGAGGGCAGACGAAGCUGCGAAGGCCAAGGCCGCUGUACAGCCUAGUCCUGCGAAGAAUGCUAUCUCCUCGAAUCAGACUCCCGUGAAUGGGACUGAAAAGAGGCACAAUCUUGAUGGCAAGCCUCGAGACGAUGAUAAAUCUGGCCAAGGUCGACGGGAUGCGAGACCGGAUCUGGACAUGGACAAGUCGAAGAAGAAUGCUAGGAGUCGAGCGCCCGAAAAGGACAGCAGAGCGACAGCAGCGACUUUACCACCUCCAGUCCGGGAUCAAGAGUCGUGGCCUACACCUGAAAGCGCUUUGGACGAAGGGAGGAAGAAAUCCCUAGACAAGAAUCCUAAAGUAGAGAAGGAGCGCACCCAGACUAGCUCUUCGAAGCCACAUGGCAAGCAGGAGUGGGUUCCAGUACCCUACACGCCCACUGUGCUAUUUACCACCCCCAUUCCGAAUACCUCGUCUGGUCGGAGGGGAGGCCGAGGUGGAGGUCGUGGAAACGCUCAAGGAGGUGGUCGCGGAGGACCAGGUGGCGCGAAUGGAACCGGUGCAGACAGAGACGCAUCCGCUCCUACCUCGUUACCCAACGGCGAUCACUCAAGACGAGGCAGGCCUGAUGGCGCGGCUCGCGAUCUAUCUCCGAGCAAAGGGAAGAGAACAGGCAGUACCGGAUCACCAUCUUGGAGGGAUAACAAGUCUGCACCAGCUGCUGGCGACAAGGCAGUGAAGUCUACAUCAGCAGUAGAUCCCGAUAUGGCAUCUAGGAGAGCGUCGAUCAUGGAUGACGGUACGACUAGCCAACAGCCUGUGGGACAGAACAACCCCAAUGCUCGUCCUUAUCAGCCAAAUCGACCCAAGCAGGGUCGAAAAUUCGACGGACCAGCUCCCACCGCCGAGAGGAGGAAGGAUGGAGACAUCCUAUCACCCACGAAGGACAACGCGUCGAACUUUUUCAGCCGCCGAACAUCAAAUGCCACGCAGCUAGAAGGUAAGCAGAGUUUUCUGCACUUGUCAAUUCUCAUUCAUGCUCCAAAUGGCGAUCGUCGGCCUGGCCAGUACAACUCGUUCUCCGGUCGUGACCGCCCGGAUCGAGGUCGCGGUGGCAUACGUGGCGGCCGAGGUGGGAACCACGGUUUCCAGACUCCACACCACCCAAACAACCACCACUUUACUAAUGGCAACUCUCAACCUCUUCAAGGUUCCACACCGUUUCCUUUAGCUAGGUCUCCAACCACAUUCCACCCCGAACAGCAAAAUUACUUCGUCCCCAUGACUCAACAGUCCCGCAACUACAGAGGCAACGGGCCUCGUUCACAGUCGGUCACCUCAGACACCUUCUAUGGAAGAGUGCCCAGUGGAUAUCCUGGUGGCCCGCAGCCGCUUGCGCCUAUCCAAACAUACAUGGGGCAGAUGUAUGACUAUCCGGUGAUGCAACAUCCGAUGAGCGCGGUGCCCUACAGUCCUUCGUAUGGCGACCCAAACCAACAACUGCUCACCAUGGUUUCGCUUCAGAUCGAGUACUAUUUCUCCGUCGACAAUCUCUGUAAGGAUAUGUUCCUACGGAAGCACAUGGACUCCAAAGGAUUCGUGUUCCUCAGCGUCAUAGCCAACUUCAACCGCAUGAAAGCCUUGACACCUGAUCUGGAAAUGAUUAGGCUGGUCUGCUACAACUCGCCGACCGUCGAGUUCCGGGUUGGCGUCGACGGAAAAGACAGGCUCCGUCGUCGCGACGGCUGGAAACAGUUCGUUCUUAAUAUGCUAGAGCGUGACCCUACGGCCCAAAAUGAUGGAUCGAUAGAGUUGCACAAUCCACCAGUGCCACACCCUCAAGGUUUUGACCACUUUGGCCCACGAUAUCCUAGCAUGCCGGCAGGAUCGCCUACGAGUCCCGGACCAUUAUCCGCCGAGGGAACCUUCCAGCACUUGAAUGGUAUUUACCCUAGCGCGUCAGCCACCUCUGCAGUAUUGGAGAAUGGUGUCAACGGAUUCGUGCCUGAAUUUGUACCUGCCACAGCUGCCGAAAUGCCGAAUGGGAAUAGUGCCUCACCUUCAAACGAAAAUUCUGAACCGCUGAAGUCAGUCCUCAAUGGGGAUGCAGACUCUUUCUCUGAUGAACAGACGGCGGGACUGAGUGUUAUCGUUCGGAAACAAGAACCCAAGCAGUUCUCGGACCACUCCCCUCCUCCCUCCAGAACGUUCUCGAACGGCUCAAUCGACAGCCGAAACGGUGUUCCUGAAGAAGUCUCGAAGUCAGAAAACGGUCAUGCCAGCCUCCACGUCAACGGAACUGGUCCUUCUCAGGUAAGGUGA